UUCGCACAUCCUUGAUAAAACGCAGCGACGACCGAGUCCCUCGUGUACGCCGUUACGGGACCAUCGUAAACAACGUUGAAAAAAAAUUUCCAUUGCGCUCGGACCGUCCGGGAUAGUCACCAUGAAAGUCAAGCUACUGAGUCGCAAUCCCGACGAUUACCUGCGCGAAACCAAACGAGACAUUCAGAAGGUGCCUCGAAAUUAUGAUCCAAAUCUUCACCCCUUUCAAUCGUCACGUGAGUAUGUGCGUGCUCUUAAUGCCGUAAAAUUAGAACGAGUGUUUGCCAAACCUUUUAUUGGGAACUUGGACGGACAUCGUGAUGGUAUCUUCUGUAUGGCCAAACAUCCCAAAUCAUUGUCCACAAUAUCUAGUGGUUCCUAUGAUGGAGAGGUACGGCUUUGGAAUUUAGCUUCUAAAAAAUGUAUAAGCAGUGUCAAUGGCCACGAACGUUUUGUUCGUGGUUUGUGUUUCAACUUUGAUGGUUCAAGACUCUAUAGUGUUGGCGAUGAUUCUACUGUUAAAGUUUGGAAUACAGAAGAACUUGACUUACCAUCGCAUACAUUCAUAUCUCAAUCUGUUUUAUAUGGUAUAAGUUGUCAGUGGCUUGACAGUAAAGUAUUUGCAACAUGUGGUGAUGUAGUUCAACUAUGGGACAUUACUCGUAGUCAACCAACUUCAACUUUACAAUGGGGUGUUGAUAGCUUACAUCAUAUAGCAUUUAAUCAAGUUGACACUAAUAUUUUAGCAUCAUGUGCAAGUGACCGUAGUAUAAUCCUUUACGAUACUAGAGAAGUGAAACCGAUGCGAAAAAUAGUAAUGAAACUCAAAACCAACCAAGUGGCUUGGAAUCCUAUGGAAGCAUAUGUGUUUACAGCUGCCAAUGAAGAUUAUAAUUGUUAUUCUUAUGAUACGCGGAAUUUAAAAUCUCCAAUUAAUGUCCAUAAAGAUCACGUGUCUGCUGUUACUUGUAUAGAUUAUGCACCUACUGGUUUAGAAUUUGUAACUGGAAGCUAUGACAAAUCGGUCAGAAUUUUUGAAAGCAGUCAGGGUCAUUCAAGAGAAAUUUAUCAUACUAAACGUAUGCAGCAUCUGACUAGUGUCAUUUGGUCAUUGGACAACAAAUUUAUUCUUAGUGCUUCUGAUGAAAUGAAUAUAAGAAUUUGGAAAGCCAAUGCUUCAGAAAAAUUAGGAACAUUGAGACCACGUGAAAAAUCUGCAAUGGAAUAUAAUGCAACAUUGAAGACAAAGUUCGCUGCUCACCCACAAGUGAAAAGAAUCGCUAGACAUAGACAAGUACCUAAACAUAUCUAUCAUGAACGUGCCCAACAAAUGGAAUCUAGGAAAAAACUUAAGAGAAAGGAAGAAAAUAUUCGUAAACAUUCUAAGAAAAAUAGUAUUCCAUAUAUACCCGAAAAAGAAAAAAAUGUUAUUUCAGAAGUUGUUUAAUGUAUUUCUUUAUUUAUUUAUUUUAAGGUUUUUAU